CAGUAGCUGUUGAUGACAGGACAGAGGCUUCUAUGUUGUCUGAUAUGACAAGUGCAGCAGCGACAAGCCACGCCGUCAACGGGGUUAAGGGGCCAUCGCCUCUCAUCAAUGUUCCGGGAUUCGACAUAGUUUGGAGUUUUCGGCCCGAUUAUAUGCACUGUGUCCUCCUUGGUGUUGUGCGUCAGGUCACCGAAAUCUGGUUCUCGAACGUCGGCGAGGACCAUUACAUAGGGGCCCCUAGGACUUUGGCUGUGGUGGACCAGCGACUCCAAGGUCAGAGGCCGCACCUGUGCUUCAAUCGUCCACCACGGUCGAUUAAGCUAAGGAAGUAUUGGAAGGUGUCAGAAUGGGAGGCAUGGCUGCUUUAUUACUGCCUGCCGUGCCUGAAGGAUAUCCUUCCAGAGGAGCUUCUCGAGCAUUUUGCGCUCCUUGUUUCUGGACUUUACCUCUUGCUGCAGAACCAUGUCACGCUGGAAGACGUCGAUACAAGCACUACCAAGAUCACAAAGUUUGUCGUGCUGAUGCAAUAUCAUUAUGGAGAAGCACAGAUGACAUCCAACGUUCACACGUUGCUGCACUUGCCAAAAAGUGUAUUGCUGCACGGCCCACUCUGGUCACUAUCGUGCUUCGAGUUUGAGAACAACAUGGGGCACCUGCUCAAGCUGGUGUCCUCUUCGAAUGGAAUUCCGUUCCAAAUCCUAUCCCGCAUUCUUUUGAGGAACAACUAUCAUCAGUUGCGAUCCAUGGCCUCCGAAGAGGUGAUGAAGCAGUGCUCCCAAAAAAUGCCUGACAGGGAAACAGAGAUCAGGCUACUUGGGAAACCUCAACCAGCCUCUCAAGACGUGACAGACUUUGUACUGGAGCACCUGACAGGAGUGGACAAAAUCGAGGAGUACCAUCGUGUGUCUGUGGGUGGAUGCACCAUCCACAGUGAACAGUACAAGCCUCUAUCAAAACGGGACUCCACUGGUAUAAAGCUAGGAGACGUCUAUGCGAAGGUGGCGAAUAUAGUGCGUGUUUGCAAGUUUGGUGGGAGCUUGGAGCUUUUCAAUAUCUCCCAUGUGUACCAGGUCGAAGCAAUGGGAGAGGUCGAUCACCUAAAAGUUGCACACAAGACUGCUCAGAAGAGCUUGCAUCCACUGUCCCAAGCCGUUCGCCCAUGCAUGUACCUGCAGAUCGAUGACACAGAGAUUUUUGCAGAAUUGUGCAACCGCUAUGGUUCAUUUUAAACAACCUUCAGGUUGUCUCCCAAAUUACCUCUUUCCGAUCCCGACUUUUUCAGGUUAUCCUUGACUAUUUUGAUAAAAUGUCCUGACCAUUUCUUUGAUCAAAGAAGAUGUUUGACCAGCCUAUUGGCAUGACAAACCAAUAGCCGCUAACCUUCUUGUGCUUGUGGCUCUUUCCAUUUAAUCAGGCAGUGGCAUUUCAGGCAACGCUACUUGGCACUGCCAUGCCGAUACAUGACAAUCUGGUUUCAUUGCACACCGCCACGCCACUUUCACUGGUAGUUUUCCUCCCAUUAGCUAGCUCUUUGGGGGUUUCCCCGAUAUUUCCCUGGCUUUUCUUGAUGAUCCAAUGUUCCCUGACAAUCUCGGCUUUUCCAGGUUGGUAGACACCCUGACCCUGUUAUGGCGGGGUAACAGGUGAUUUCACAUAGAGAGGUACCAUUGAACAUCCCUUCUUUAUUUGUUUCAUGGAAAGUAAACUUCAACUGUAGUAAGCAACGUCUGCCCG